ACACACGCAGGUAGCCCUGGCCGAAAUUUCCAAAUUCGCGAAAACCCACGAGAGAGGGACCGAUCGACCGACGACACCGCACGACCACCACCCUCACCACAUCACGACCGGAUCCAACCGCGAAAAUGGUCAACGUUCCCAAGACCAGGAAGACCUACUGCAAGGGGCGGGAGUGCAACAAGCACACCCUCCACAAGGUCACCCAGUACAAGGCCGGCAAGGCCUCAGCAUUCGCGCAGGGUAAACGCCGUUACGACCGCAAGCAGUCCGGUUACGGUGGUCAGACCAAGCCCGUCUUCCACAAGAAGGCGAAGACCACCAAGAAGGUCGUCCUCCGGCUGGAAUGCUCGUCAUGCAAGACCAAGAAGCAGCUCCCGCUCAAGCGGUGCAAGCACUUCGAGCUUGGUGGUGACAAGAAGACCAAGGGUGCUGCCCUCGUGUUCUAAGCGCCUCGCAGCUUGGGAAGUUGGGGGUGACGAAAUGGGGACAUGGCUUCGGAUCUCCGGAAGCUGGCCUUGCAUGGCCCUGCCCGCCAUGCAGUGGGAAUCCAGAAAGCGAUUUCGAUCUUGACAUGGGGGAAAACCGGGCUUAGAGGAACAUGUACAUGGGCAUGGGUGGUUCGGACGUGGAACAACAAGCACAAUACCAUCCUUGGGGCGUUUCGUCUGCGCUUUUUAUUCACGAAUAAUGCUUCUAGUCCCCGGCCGUCAGGUGUUUUGGUAUCCGCAAGCUCUCUUGUUGGAGGGGGGAAGAAGGUGCCCGUAGCUCUCGAAUGCCGAAUGCCAAGCCGUUGCCCAUCACGCGGCAUACAACGUCAACACCGAUUACGGUUGCAGCCAGGAACAAGUGAUGCAACGAACGGCCA